UAAUGACAAUACUCCGUCAAGCCAAAAUGGCGGCGUACGAUUACAGUCAGUCAGUUACUAUACUUAGCGUGAACUCUUGCCAGUUCAGGCGCAUCGUAAAUAUUGGUUGAAGUCGAAAAUCUUCAGUACAGCACUUGCUAAUGUUAUUUCUCUUCUUCGGACUUUAAAAUUGUGGUUGUCUUUAUUGUCAGAAAGAAAACUAGAGCCUGUCAGACCAAAGCUUAGUAUCGCUUUUCGUUGUCAGACAAAGGCCUUUGAACUUCUUGGCUGGAGUCUUGGGUUGUUUCAGUCAAUAAUCAACUGAUUGACUCUGUGACUGACUGACCACACGGAAGGCACAAUGGACAUUUUUUGGCUCAGGUUUACCUCGGAGCUUGGCUGGUUUCAUAGGAAGACUUGGAUAUGUACAACCAGCGCUACCAGGCUGAGGGGCCCCCGCCGUACCAUCCAUCUGCUGUGAAACAAUGGGUCAAGAAGGUCGGAAAGUAUUCCUCCCAGUAUAAUGAUUCAACAUGGAGUGCAAAUCAAGUUAUUGGGCCACCAAAAGUGUAUCCCAGGCAUGGUGAUAUUCAUGGAAGCUGGGCAUCUGGAACUGUUGAUUCUAAUCAGUUCAUCGAGGUAGAGUUUGAUGUUCUUGUGAGACCAACAGCUGUGAACAUUUAUGAGACUUUCAACCCUGGUGCUGUUGUUGCUGUUAAAGCCCAGGACCCUAUGGGAAAGUGGGUGCCUCUCUGGACUGCAAGUCGUCCUCAGACUUUCACAGCCAGCAGAAUAUUUUCUCCCAGUCUCAAGGAUGUGGUUGUGAAAACUAAUGUCCUGCGGAUAGAGAUAGAUUGUUCGGCUGCGGCUACCUGGUGCGAAAUAGAUGCUGUGGAGCUUGUGGGGAUCAGAGAUGGAGCAGUUAUGCCAGCUGAUGAUGGUUCAUAUUUUGUGGAGAUCGGAAGCCUUGUGAACAACAAGCUUCACAGCGAUAUGAAGUUUGAGAUAGAUGGGAAGUCUGUGUAUGCCCAUAAAGCUAUUCUUGCUGCCAGGUCAAAAUAUUUUGCAAACAUGUUUAAACGAGAAAAGGAGAAAAAGUGUGAUCUAAAGUUACCAGACGUGUCUUACAAAGACAUUCUAGCCGUGCUACAGUUUAUCUACACAAACCGUCUUCCUCUGGACUGCUCCACAGAGACUUUGGUCAGCAUUUGUAAUGCCGCAACGACCUUUGAACUCCCUGAUAUGAAAAAAGCAGCCACUUAUAAGGUUUUGGAGUCUCUAUGCUGCUCUAAUGUAGUUCACAUCUACAUGGGGAUCUCCAAGGACCGGUCAUUAGCUGAACUAGAGGCCAUGUGUAAAAAGUUCAUGGCAGACAACCUGAAAGACAUGUCCAAGGAAAGAUCUUUUGAAAGUCUACCCCAAAGUGUAAUUGUUGAAAUUGUGCAAAUUGCAACCGCAAAAAUGUGUAUUAACAAUUGAUACUGAACUACACCAAGUGUGAGGGGUGGGACUUAAUUUUGUAAUUCUUUUUUUUUGUGCUGAUCUGUUCAUUUUUUGGCAAAUGCUGUCAAAAGAUAUGGUACCAAAACUUAACCCACCCUGCUCACCCCCACAAAAAAUUUACCCAAAAAAAUGACAAAAAACCGAACAACAACCACUUUUAUGUCUGCAUUGUAAGGGCAAUCCUGUUUGUUAUAAUGUGAUCAUUGAAGGGCAUUGGCCUUUUUUUAUAAGAUGUUUCAAACAGGAGUCCUAUUAAGAAUGCUUCAUGUGAUGUGCAAUAAAUGUGGAUUGGUAAAAGAAACUGUUGUGCAAAAAAUUAGAGAGGUGUCCCCUUAUUUUUGAACUGCUGAUUCGAUUCAGGGAGGGGAUAACUGCAUACAAAAAUUUCUUACUUUUAUUAUUUGCUUGUGGAAAGUUAUUGUUCAUCUAAACUGUGGUUUUAUAAAAUUUGGUAUAAGCUGGGUACAGGUUGAUGUUUUUAGAAAUGUUGGAGACUAUGGUUUUAAUUUUUUUAUUUCCAUACAUUAUAAUGUCAAUUCUGAAGGCUUAUCUUGUGAGAUUUUCAUUGUCAUAAUUUGCUCGUUUUUUGCAAUGUGGAAUUGUUUCCAGCAUUAUUAAAAGUACAAUCGAAAUUGCCAGGGAUGGCCACUCAUUGUCAAGGAGAAAAGACACAGGGCCAUUUUGCACAGUUUCAUUAUAAUGACAAAAACGUAAAAAAGAGAAAAUGAGAAGUCGUCAUCUAUACUCUUAUAGGUCUCAUACAGAUGGCCGAUAGAGUACGUUCAUCUGUAGGCCUAUUCCAGAAUACUGUAUUGGCCAUUAAAUUUAUGAAUGCUCGAUGGACUGUAUGGUAAUACGGGUUGCCCACUACGGAUGGGAUUGGCCGCUGAUCGGGCCGAUUGCCUGACUCGGUCGCCUCAAAAACAAACGCGUUUGUUUUCAGUUUCAGACGACUGAGUCGGGCGAUCGGCCCGAUCCAGCCAUGGUGGGCACCCGGUAUAAAGUUACAUAAACACAGAUAUCUGUAUAACUACUCGGUGGAAUCAGGCGCUCGUCAGUUUUUGGGCCUAUAAUAUGGAGUUAUUGGUAUCAUCUUAAAACUUUGUUCAUUUGUCUUGUUUUUAAUGAAAGAAAUACCCAUCUAUCUUGAAUAGAGUUUGAGUUAUUUGCGUUUAAUGGAGGUUGGGGUCGCUUGGUAGCGCAGGUACAGUUGUGAGAAAAUUGUUGCCAAAGUUUGGUGACUUCCAAAGCUUGAGAAUCCCUGGAGACUGCUGAUUUUUGUGUCUCUGAUCAAUGUUUUUCUGUAAAAUUCACUUAGAAAUGUAUUUUCAAAUGGACAGAAAAACUGUUGAGCUAAAAAAAGAAUCAUACAUAGAAGUUGCCCAGUGGGUAGAAAAGUACUGGUUUCUUCGAAUCCAUUACCUUGAUGAGCGCCUGUUUUCACCAAGAUUCCAUUUCACCUUUCACUCUCUCUUAGUACACACACAUUCAUGCACACAUACUUUGCUCAGACUGACACACCUUCUCUCACAUACUCACACUUUCACUUCCUUGCAUAAAAUUGUGAAAUUUUUAAAGAAGUCUGACAAAAUAAAAGUUUUGUUGUUUUAAUGAGUAAUAGGACAUCCAUUUCAUUUGUGAUUCAAUAUUUUGUUAUAUUUACCAAUGUUUUUAUACUUACAAUAAAAAUUAUUCUGAUUAGAUUCUAAUUAUACUUCUUUUUGAUCUAGAAACAUUUUUUUCCUGUCACUGAUGUUUGAAGCUGUUUCUUAUCCAAUUCUUUUUAAAAUAUCCUAUUUUUGUACUUGAAUAAGUUUUUCAGACGCGUUUGUGUUCAAUAUUUGAAUGACCUGUGAAUUCUGUACCUUGAACUUGAUGACUUCUUCUUACUCAGCCUCAUACAAGAAUGAUGUUAUCAGUGCAUAAUAUAAAAAGGUAACAUUUUAUCAGUCUGUGAGUGUAUAUUGUGUGUUAAUGUAUAAUUUUUUGUAAUCAGGGAAUUGAAUCCGCCCCACAAUAUCGUGACAGGAACUACUGGUCAUUUAGAGAUUGGCAGUUCAUACAAGACAGUUCAAGACUUGCUUUGCUGUGCAUUUAUUCCAGUCAAAUUGAUGUACUUAACCUUUCUUGAUGCUCAAAAUUCUUCUUAAGUCAAGAUUAAUGUUGAGAAUUUGCAGAAUGUAGAGUCACUAAGAAGAAAAAAAACUGAUUCUACUUUUGUCUCUGGGGUUCUUUGCAUAUGCACAGCAUAAUAUGUAAGUACUCUCUGAUGUUAAUAUUUAUGUGAUACUUGAAUAGAUUUAUUUAUCAUUGACUGAAGACAUCUUUUUAAAUUAUUAGUAAGAUAGUAUAUAAACUAAAAUGUUCAAAAUUCAUGGUUUUGAUUUGGUCAACAAUAAAAUAAAUGCUGCAUGCAGCUUUUAAGCAAAAUUCAAGCAAUUAAUAUCAAGAAGCUUAUUCAGAUAAAAGUGCUCUCCCAUAGCGGAGGAUUGAACUUAUGAUUAAUCUGAAUUUAACUUAUCAUAACAUUUUUACAGAAUACCAAAGAACAGCUUGUAUCAUUUGUCCUCAGAUAUAUAUAUCUGAUGAUUAAAAAAAAAAUGUACUGAUGAGUUUUUUAAAACGUGCUGUUCUUGUUAAUUUAUAUUUCACAAAAUGCUCAAUGAUUAACCAUUAUGAAAUGUCAUCUCUUCAUCUGACCUUAAUCAUGAUAUUUGAAACAAAUGAAAGAUUUUAUAUGAAAUAAAAUUGUUUGCUGGAGUAUUA